AUGGAAAUAAAGAACAAGUAUGUAACAAUAAAAACCAACAUAAAUGGUGCACCAAAAGAGUCAGACUUUGAGAUAAAAGUCGAAAACGUCUCACUUAUCAUUGAGUCUGAGUCUGAGUUUAAGGAUGUUGUUGUCAAGAACAUGUUUGUGUCAAUUGAUCCGUAUCAGAUAAAUCGAAUGAAGAGCCAAAGUUCGUCACAAGGAACCAUAAGUUUUGCAACUGCCAUUAGUCCUGGUGACUCCAUUGACAGUUAUGGUGUAGGAAGAGUUUUGUUCUCUCAUCGACCUGAUUUCAAGAAAGGUGAUUUGGUAGCAGGGUUACUUACCUGGGGAGAGUAUAGUAUAGUAAAGGAAGGUUCGUUGUUGAAUAAGUUGGAUCCUAACACGGGCUUUCCGUUGUCUUACCAUGUCGGAGUUUUAGGAUUCAGUGGACUAACUGCCUAUGGUGGAUUCUUCGAAGUGUGUAAACCGAAGCCAGGGGAGAAAGUUUUCGUGUCUGCUGCUUCAGGUUCGAUAGGGCAUUUAGUAGGACAGUAUGCUAAAUUACUUGGAUGUUAUGUUGUUGGCUCUGCUGGUAGUCAAGAAAAGGUAAAUUUUCUUAAGGAGAGGCUUGGAUUCGACGAUGCAUUCAAUUAUAAACAAGAAACUGACCUUAAAUCAGCUCUGAAAAGGUGUUUCCCUCAAGGGAUUGAUGUCUACUUCGACAACGUGGGAGGCAGGAUGUUAGAAGCAGCAGUAGCAAACAUGAACUCAUUCGGCAGGGUAGCUGUCUGUGGGGUUAUUUCUGAGUACACGAAUGCUACAACACGAGCUGCUCCAGAGAUGUUGGAUAUAGUCUACAAAAGGAUUACCAUCAAAGGAUUCCUAGCAUCUGAUCUCAUGAAUGUGUAUGCUGAGUUCCUGUCGAAAACAGUUGAGUACCUCAAAGGUGGAAAACUCAAGACCAUUGAAGAUAUCUCACGAGGCGUUGAAAGCAUUCCCUCUGCUUUCAUUGGACUGUUCAAUGGCGAAAAUAUGGGCAAAAAGAUUGUCAAAGUUGCAGAUGAGUGAAAAAAACAUGAAGAUUCAUGAAUAAAUAAGUCAAGAACGAACUUACUUCUGUUAUAUUAGCGAACAAUAUCUUAUCUGUGCUUCUUUCAACUUUCAAGUUGUAAUCCAUUUUGAUGCUCUUAUUCGAUAUGUGUAAGCUUUCUGGUAAUUCAAGUGCUCGAGAAGUCUGUAGAGCCAACUCGGCAUAGAGUUGGAGGCAAGUCAUAGCCACCUGCAAAAUUAGUAGUAGUUAGGUUGGCUAUGUAAAGCAGAGAUGAAAACUCACUAGUAUUAAUUCUUAAAUAUGUGUAUGGUUGAAGUCUUGAAGAUCAAUUUAGAUUCGUGUUCCUC